AUGUCCGCAACACCUAUCGCGAUCUCCGACCUCGACAGCCUUUCUGAGCCGUUUACACCGCCCACACGCCCGCAGAGCGCCCUUAGCGUCGCCAGCGAUACCUCGCACUUCGCGCUCCACGACGAGGGCGAGGCCACUGCCCACCCGAUCACCAACAACCCGCCCACCGAGUACCUCCCGUUCCGGAUGAUCGUAGAGACCAUCCGCCGGCACAAGGGACAAUGCCUGCUCUGCGGGCGGAAGGACGACUUGACGGUCAUGCGCGCCAUCCUGCAGCACGGCGUGGGCGCGGAGCAGCCGGACCCCAUAUCGUGGCUGCAGGGCCUCAAAGCCCUCCCGGUGGAAUACACGCGCGACGAGUGGACGAACCUCAUGACAUUGUGCAAGCCGCACGCGCGCGCGUACGAGGACAACGUCUGGCGGUGGGUCCCCGGCGCCGCGUUCCGCGCGCACAUGGCCGAGCCGGCGCCCGUCUCGGGCGCCGCGACGCCCUCGCACGCCGCAAGCGAAGACGGCGAGGCGGACGAGAUGGACGAGGGGGAGGACUGCGAGGCGCGCGGCCCGUACUCCCCCUCCGAGUUCGUCUCCGGCACCACCGUCGACGACGGCAUCUCCGGGCAGACGCACAACCCCGAGAUCCGGUUCCAGCCCGUGCGUCGUCCGCCUCCGCCGCCCGCGCAGGUCGAGCUCCCGUACUUUGACGUCCUCGUCCUCGUUCCCGAGCUCAUGCCCGCCGCGCCGACGCUGAGCGGCGGCGGCGGCGUCCCGCGCGUCUGGCGCGACUGGCGUCCGCUCACGGUCAACCCGUACGUCGCGUACGCGGCCGCGCUCCCGCUCUUGCAGCAGCAGCAGCAGCCGCCCUCGGGCGAGGACGCUGGGCUGCGUCAGGUCGCGGAGGAGUGCCUGGCUGUGCACGCGGCGUGGGAGGGUCUCGAGGCGUGA